UCAUCGUCAAUUACUCUCACCUCUUCCCCUUUAUGAUCCUCAACUGUUACCAACCCAUCAUUCCCUUCUAUAUAAUCCACCGCCCAUGCAACGCCACCACUGCACACACGCCUCAACCUCAACUACCUGAGUUUCUUCGAUGGAUAGGUUCUCUUUUGUUUUUGUUCUUGUUCUUGUUUUCGCUUUUGCGCAUGCAACUGCACGUAAUGUACCUUCUGAUCAGGCUGCUCUCAGUGAGCAAAUGCAUUUUCUUCCCAGUCCGCCACCUAAGUUAACUGUUAAUAAUAAUCCCCCAAGUGAUGAGCAAAUUUUUGUGCAUGCUACUGCACCUGUGGCCGAGUCACCUACCAGUACUGGUCUUAAAGAUAAAAAGAAUUUCAUCUACGGUGGUGUUGGUGGCUUUGCCGGGAUGGGUGGUUACGCAGGUGUAGUUGGUGGGCUCCCAGUUCUUGGUGGGCUUGGUGGAAUUGGCAAGUAUGGUGGGAUUGGAGGAGCUGGUGGAAUAGGGGGAUAUAGUGGUCUUGGUGGAGGAGGUCUGGGAGGUAUCGGUGGCCUGGGAGGUAUUGGUGGUCUAGGUGGUGGAGCUGGUGGUGGGAGGAAAUGCGAUCCUUAGUUCACAUUAGCUGUAUGUUGACGUUUUAGCGUCUUAGUUAAGGUUUAGUAUUCUGUUUAGUAUUGAGUAGUUGUCUGUUCGGAGACUAUUCAGUGGUGUGUUGAUUUGUAUUGAUCUGUUGCUAUGUUUUGUAAUUUUCAUGUUUCAAUGCUAAUUAUGAAGAAAUCCGUUGUUA